AUGAGCUUUGAAAUUAUUAUCUUGCCCUACUCAUGGUUUCACAAUGAAAUAACACCGACUAAAUUUGAUAAUUUCAAAUCAUUAAUCAAUAAAUCAUAUGAUAAACCAAGGCAUAAAUAUGGUAUCAUCAAAUCAUCUAGAUUAAACAAGAAUCACUCUUUACUUGAUGAUUUAGCAAUUAAGAUUUCCGAUCAAAUUAACAUUUAUUUGCUCCUUGUUAAAAAAGAAGCAUUUGAAUCACUUAAUGUUAAUAGACAAUUCACGGGUGACAUUGAUCAAUGUUAUAAUUGUGACAUACCUCCAGUUCUACCAUAUUCAGAUAUUGCAAAAUCAUCAAUGCAUGUAGUAAACUCCAGAUUUGAAUUCAAUGAAGAUAUAUUACAACGAUGUGUAGCUAGCGUUGGAUUGAAAUCAAAUCAUUAUCAUUCUGAUUCACAAACUAUUGCUAAUUUUGAAUUGACUUGUUUUACUUCAUUCAUGAGAAAUAUUGCACCAGUUUAUCUUGAACAUGUUUUAUCCUUAAUUAAACAUGAAUUCUUUUUUAAUUUAUUAAAUAAUACUGGAGGUUUCAAUGUUGAAGAAACUGGAAAUUAUAAAAAAAUAAUUAUAUAUGCUGAUGUGAUUGUUGAACAUGAUUUAGUUGAUUAUUAUAUUAAUAAAUGUAAUUUUGAAAAAACAGGAAAUAAAGAUCUUUUAAUUGAAGUUAAUAAAGAAACUGGCGAUGCUGGUGGAUUUGGAUUAUUAGAAGAUGGUAUAUUAGCAUCAAGAGAUUUUCAUUUAGGUUUUUUGAAAAGAGAAUUGAAAUUGAAAAAGAAAGCAGAUUAUAAAUUUGUUAGUGAUUUAAUGGGUACAAAUGGGAUGACAAUAAUGCCUGAAUGGAAGUAA